GUGUCGCGUCAGUCGUCGACCGAACAGGUCACCGGUCUCACUCGGGCGUGAGUAAGACCAACUCGGAUCGAUCCCCACGGGGGUUUUUUAAAAUAUAUUUUUUUUUCCAAAAAAAUAACAAUUAACCUAACAGCAAUUCGUUUGUCAAUUGUUAUUAUCAUAAAUAAAAUUGAUUACUAACAAUUUAAUUACAAUUGUCGGUAAAUUGUUUAUUUACAGAUUGAUUAAUUAAUUAAUUAACAAGUGUGUUGUGCAUUGGACAUUAUUAAAGGAUAAUUUCUCAAUCGAAAUACUGGACCGGGCUGACCGACGGUCCAUAAAGAGAUUCAUCACGUCUUAUGUCAGUAGAUCGAGCGAGCCCCAGUAGCACGCUCGAAAUUGCAUCAAGCUUUAACAUGGGGCCUCGAGGACGCUUCACAAGAGAUAGGAGCCCUGAAUCCCCUUGCAAAACCUCCCUUUGAGCCGAGCUGGGGUAUGGCCGCCACAGAUGGACAAAUAGUGGUCGCCGCGGCGCGUUGGGCCGAAGAGGCGACCUACCUCCGAGAAUUCGUCAGCAAACACCGUCUCCCCGCGGUAAUAAAGAUAACAAAGGGCCAGUAUGCCGGUUUGGGAGUCCCUACCUUACCCGCUCCAAGUCUCCAAAGUACAGCCCUGCUAGUAUCAGCCGGCCGUAGGCGAAAAAUCGUCGCACAGGCAGUUAAAAUCAAAGAAGGCCGUAGGGUAGUGGGCGUAGGGCCACGCUUAGCCAUCCCCGAUUCCUACCACGGCUACUUCGAGAUUCUGAGCGAAGAAGGCCGAGCCGUACGCGGAAUAGAGUCAGUCGCCGAAUUGGCCCGACGGUGUCCCGAAGAGGGGGCUCUGGUCCGCGAAACUUUAAGGGCGAUCGCCUGUAAGCUAGACGAAGCCUCCAACGUAGUUCCCGAAGGCACCCGGAGUCUUCUAGCCGGUGAGACAAUCCUUACGGCCGGAGAAGUGAAUCUUCCCGGCCGCGGGCGGUUUCUCCGCUGCUUGGACAGCCACGGCGACAGCCUUUUGCUAAGCAUGGACCAACGGGGGCGCUUCAGCGCCUUAGCUCGCGAAGAUAACAUCAGCGGAGUCCAUACGGCCCGAGCUUUGUUGAGCAAACGGCUCCCUUUGACAGUCAGAUUAGUCUACGGCCAGCCGCCGAGGGGCCUUAAGUCUGCGUCGCAGUUCCUCCCGGAGCUCCGCCUACUUUCGACCUUCGAGGAGGAGCAUAUAUUCGCCCUGCCCCUUCAAAGGGAAGGCGCCGCAGUGUCUCUCCCUCUUGCGGCGCCGCUUAAGUUAGUUAAGGCCCGAAAUGAAGAAGCCUUAAGGUCUAUGGCUGAAUUUGCGCGGCUAGUGGACCGUUCUGGACGCUUAGUAGCCGACGUAGCGGAUCGCGCUUGCGUCUUAGACGCACGGCUGACCGAAAACAAGCAGACCAGACAGACCAGGAGCGCAGCUGCCUUUUUAAGGCGGUCUGUUAGUUCUGAUAGCGCAAAUAAUCACCGACACCUUCACUAUCAUCAAAAUGGCAACCUCAACCUGAGCCUGAACCUUAACCUCGGCCCCGGAAGCAGCUAUAGGGACGAAAAUAGAGUUUAUACCGAGGAUUAUGAUGAGAUAGACCAGAUCUACGAUUACGUCAGAGGAUUCGCGCCGCUGCCCAAGAGCGUGAGGUCGCCGUACGAAACUCCGGGGAAGGAAUUGUCAGCCAGCCCCCCACUUUCUCCCGUGGUCCUAGACGAGCGACCUGAACCUCCUCCCAUUGAAACUAUCCCUACCAAGAAGAUCCAGGCGGAGAAGCGCACGCGCAAGGGCAAGGACGCGCCCAGUCAAGUGGUGGGGCAGCGUCAGCCACUGCCGAAAUUGGAAAAACCCCCCCUGGCGAAGUUGUACGUCAAAAAUGGCGGAACUCAGCGAGGGCGCGCGCUUAUGAGGCAAAAAAGCGCAAGCCCGCUAAAAGAGACACCUCCUGGGUUCAAAGGUGGCUCGCCGCUUUUUAAUAUCAGGUACAAGAGCUUGACCAAUCUUCAGCAGGCGAUGGAGCUUGAUGGAACUCUAGACUCCAGCCACUCUGGCGGAAGAACUUCCGGGGACUCUGGAGCCGGUGCGAAGCUGCCUGAGAAAAGGUCGCGGCGCCUGAGUCGGCCCCGGUCGCUGACGAACCUUGUAUGGGAACUUAGGGGCAGCACCGUCGCCAGACCUGAGACUCCGCCGCCAGUCCAGCCCUCGAUACCUGCGGCUAAGUGCGGGGCGAGACUUGCUGUUACUGUUGUGGCGCCACGACGCGUUGGCACGCUCUACCUCUAACUCAUUCGACCGACGAAGGGAUGAUGAAGGCAAAGAGCGGUCCGAGUGAGACACCGACGGAUCUCCAACGUCUUUUAUUUAAUCAAAAUUAAUCCAAGUAGAGCUUAGCUUCUUUACGCAAAAUCCCUCGAGCACGAUUCGACAAAAUGGACCCGCGAGGAUAAUUAUCAACAGUUAGUUUACUGAUAAUUACGGAAGCGUCUAGAGCGUCCAGAAUGCCAUAAUUAUGACAAAGUUUCUUUUUUUUUUUUUAUUAUUAUUAUUAUUAAAAUUAUUAUUAUUAUUAUUAGUUUUUGUUGUGGUUGUACUUAAGUCAUCAUUCAUACUCUAAGAUAAUAUUUUAUAAUUACUAUAAUAAUUAUUUUAUAAAUCUCAAUCCAUUCCAGAGUAUCAGAGUGUUUAUAAUUAAUAACUCCCGAGAUUUUUUUUUUGCUUUAGAAUUUUUUUAAUUAGAUAUUUUUUGUAAUGUGUGCCUUAAUAUUAUAAA